AUGUUUUAACGAGAAUAACGAAAUCCAACUAAUUCUUGUUAUAGAAAUUCAUCAAAUGCUUAUGUUAUGGCAAUGAAAGCACUUUAAGAAAAAAUUAAGGUUAUGGAAAUAUAAAAAUGUGAUAUACAAUUGCCAAUUAAAACAAAAUCUAACGACGAUGAAUAUUUUUUAUAGUAAAUAUCUGAGUUGAGAAAUUAGAAUGAAACAUUAUCUAUGUAAUUGCAAAGAUAGCUAGGUGAAAAAGAAAAUAUUAAUAAUUAUAUUCAUUAAAUUGAUUAAUUGCAAUAAGAAAGAUUAGUUCAUUUAAAAGAAUACUAAGAUAGAGUGACAGACUUAAUUAAAAAAAUUGAAGAUGGAAAAAAGGAUAGGCAAGAUUAAUAAAAUUAAAUUGAACAUUUGUAAAGAUAAUUGUAGGCAUAUAAAUCAAAUGAAAGAGGUAUGAUGUAAAAGGUUGACUAACAAAAAUAGGAAGAAAAUUCAAAAUAAUUAGAAUAAAUCUUAGAGUUAAGAUAAAGAGUAGAAUCUGGAGAAUAAUAUGCAAAAAAGUUAGAAAAAAAAUAUGAAAAACUUUAAACUGAUAAACACUUACUAGAAGCUGAAAUUUUAGAUUAUAAAGAGCGUUGUCCAAUAUUUAAGCUUUAGGAAUAUGAAAAACAAAUUUAAAUAUAUAGAUAGCAGCUUGAAGAAAAAGAGAAAGCAUAUUUACGUAUGAUGGAAGAACUAUAAAUGUAACGUUAACAUACAGAAGAUUAAUUAACUAAAAGAAUUUAAGAACUAUUGAAUAAAAGUAAUGAACAUUAAUCUACAAUACAUCAAUUAACAAUAGAGUUGAAAGAUACAACUUUAAAAUAUCAAUAGUUAAAAUUGAGGUUAGAAUAUGAAGAGAAAAAUAAUCAAUAAAAUAAAAAAAGAAUGAGAAAUAUUUCUUAAUCAGAAGAUCCUGAAUUAGAAAUGCUUAUUAGUAAUUAAUAUUAAAGUAAUAAUUAACAACAAAAUAAUAAUAAAGUAUCUAAAUUAAAUUUAGAUUUUUUAUCACCAUAAAUCACAAGUCCCCGGUUUGAGUAAAGUUUCGUUAAAUCAAGUGUUUUAAAAUAAGCCAUAAAAGAUUGUUUAGAAGAUAUGAAAUAAACCACUCCAUUUAAAUCUGAUUAAUAGUAUAUCAUUCCAUAAGAAUAGCAUCACCCUUAAUAACAUUCUAAAAAAAAGUUAUUAUCUCCUCCCUUGACUGUUCGUAAUAAUGAAAUCGAAAGUAAACUUAAGUAAUUAAAUGACAAAUAUGAAUAACUCAUUAGGUAAGCACAAAAAGAGACAGAUUUUAAAUUAAAAGCUUAAAUUAGAAAAGAAUUAUUAGAUAUAGCUGAAUAGAUUAAAGAAGUAAAUAGGAAAUAAUGAGAC